AGGUGGUAAUCUUUACACUAUAUAAGAAAAAGAAAAAGUUGGUUAUCAUCAUUGUUAAUCUUAAUAACCUUAUACCGAGGGUUUCCUAAACCUGUCGAGAACCUUACCCGCCGGCGCCGAUGAUUUAUAUAGCCUCACUGUAACUUGUGAUAUAUUUGCUGAUCAAUGGCGGCCUCAUCUUCGGCUACGACAUCCAAUUCUUCUGAUUCAUCGUCUUCUUCUUCUCGCCGUCGUCGUCGCCGGAGAACUCGUCGUGAAAAAGAUCGGGACACGCUUAGGAUUCGAAAGAAGUCUCGCUCUCAUUCCAAACGCCAUCGAAGGCACCGCCGCUCCUCCUCCGACUCUCUCUCUUCCUCAGACUCCGAAUCCGAUUACGCCCGAAGCAAUAGCUCUUCUGAAAGUGAGCCUGAAACAUCAAGCCGUUCGAAGCGGCAUAAGAAGAAUGAUAGAACAAAGAAGGAUAAGGAGAGGGAGCGAAGUAGGAGUCAUCACCAUAAAAGGCGUAAACAUAAAGCUAAAGAGAAACAACCAGAGGAGAGUAGUAGUCCUGUGCAGCUGUCUAAGUUUUUAGCACGGGAGAAGGAUGAUGGUACACGGCGAAGUGCCGUCUCUGGCAAAAAGAUUUUGUUGAAACUUGACAAAUCAAAGGAAGACAAAGCUGAGGAAAACAAAAGAAAUGAAUUGCUGAAAUUCUUGAACUCUAGCUUUGACUAAUGACCGUUUGUGUUGGAAAUGAAGGUAAGAGGCAUUGUUAGCUGCUGCAUGAAAAAAAUAGAGUUCUACCAACAGUUGUGUGGUGAUUAUGUUGUAGAGACAUUUUAAGCCUUUGAACUUUCUUCCCUUGAUGUUUUGAUGCCCAUAUGGAUCAAGAUCUUGUUUUAAUUCCUUAUGGACAGGAGAAAUUGAAAUGAAAAAUUAUUUACUUUGCCUUUC